CUCCCUCUCUAAUAUAUGGAUCCCAACCUCAUCUGUCCAGCCAUCUUGUUUCUCUUCAUCAUCCUGUUAAUCCAGGCGCCUCUAGCUUUGUGUCAAUUUAAUGACAGCUUUAGUGUGUCUGAAACCUGCGCCGAGUCAUUCAGUUGCGGCAAUAUUGAUGCUAUAGGCUACCCUUUCUGGGGAGGAAAUCAGCCCGCCUACUGCGGCCACCCAAGUUUUAUGCUGGACUGCAAUAUUGAUUCCCCCCCGGAAAUUACAAUUCUAUCAGUGAAAUACAAAGUUUUAGGUAUCAGCAGCCAGGCGGCCACUAUUGUCAGCUAUGAUCUAUCAACCAAUAUUUGUCCCUCCAACCCUCAAAACACAUCCUUGGACUUCAACCUCUUCAGCUACGCUCCCUCUGUCAACAACAUUACCCUGUUCUACGGUUGCACCACCACAAACCCUGUUUCAGUUCCAAUUCCAAACCUCUUCAACUGUUCCGACUCAAAUAAAAAUGUCCUCUGGUCGCCCAAUACAGGAUUGCCAAAUAUCUCCAGGAAUAACAUCAGUUGCGGGAGUGAGAUCUUUGUUACUGUCACUCAAGAAGCUUUUGAGGCUUUACUUAACGCUUCCGUUGUUACGGAGGAGCUCCUAAGAACAUCCGUGGGUGCUGGGUUUUCUGUGGAUUGGGAAGCAUAUAAUAGCUUAUGCGACAACUGUACUGGGUCAGGGGGGCGAUGCGGUUCCAAUGGUGAUUCCAUUUCAACGCAAUUUGUUUGCUACACUGAUAAUGCUAACAGUAACAACAACAGCAAUAAAACGCCUCUAAUGGCAAUAGGUCUUUGCAUAACAGGUGUUGUGCUGCUUACUGGUGUUGGCAUUGGAUUGCAAAUAUUUAGACAAAAAAGAAAGUGGGUUGCAGCAAAAGAACUAGAACAUGAACGAGUGCUGCCUGUUCAAAACAUUGAAGCAUUCAUAAGGACUAAGGGAUUUCAUGCUACCAAGUUAUAUACUUAUUCUGAUAUAAAGAAAAUGACUAAUUCAUUCAAUGACAAGAUUGGACAAGGAGGUUUUGGUAGUGUAUACAGAGGAAAGUUACCUGAUGGAUGCCUAGUAGCUGUGAAGCUAUUGACCGACACAAAGGGUAAUGGAGAAGAUUUCAUCAAUGAAGUUGCUAGCAUUAGUCAAACUUCCCACGUGAACAUAGUUACUCUUGUAGGGUUCUGUUACCAGCAGAAAAGAGCUUUGGUCUAUGAAUUCAUGCCUAAUGGAUCAUUAGACAAGUACAUAGGCAACAAAGGGUUACCAAAUAUGAGUUGUCUCGAGUGGAAGACAUUGUACCAAAUUGCAAUUGGCAUCGCUCGAGGACUAGAAUAUCUACACAGAGGGUGUAACACAAGAAUCAUGCACUUUGACAUUAAGCCUAACAACAUUCUUUUGGACAAUGAUUUCACCCCCAAAAUCUCAAAUUUCGGUUUGGCAAAACUGUGCAAAAAAAAGGAGAGCAUUGUAUCACUAUCAAUGUACGGCGCAAGAGGAACAAUAGGAUACAUUGCUCCAGAAGUUGUCUUCAGAAGCAUUGGAAAUGUCUCCCACAAAUCUGAUGUUUAUAGUUAUGGCAUGACCGUUAUUGACAUGGUAGGAGUAAGGGAGAAUGUAGGCGCGGAUCAGACAAGUGACUCGUAUUUCCCAAAUUGGAUAUAUGAGCAUCUGGAACAAGGAUUAGAUUUCAGUCUUGAAGGCAUCACAAAUGAGGAGGAUAAAGAAAUGGCAAUGAAGAUGAUAUUGGUUAGUUUGUGGUGCAUCCAAACCAAUCCAGCAGAUCGCCCUUCCAUAAGAAAAGUGGUAGAGAUGUUGGAGGGAAGCACUGCCACUUUGCAGAUUCCACCUAAACCAUAUUUCUCUCCUCAAAUUCAUGACUCACCUCAGCAAUCCCCUACAUCAUCAGUUACCACAGAAAUCUGUGGUGACAUCAGUGAUGUGGGAUAUCCUUUUCGUAGCGAAAAUGGUCCUGCCUACUGUGGUUAUCCUGGUUUUGAGCUCUCCUGCAAUGAGGGUAACACAACCAUUGAUAUCAUGAACCAGACAUAUCGUGUCUUGGAAAUCAAUCAGUCUUCGAAAACAAUGAAGAUAGCCAGAGAAGAUAUGAUGGAAGGAAAAUGCCCCCAAAAUUUUGUUAACACCACUCUGGAUAACUCCUUCUUUGAAUAUACUACCAGCUACAUAAACCUCACCUUUCUAUAUGGUUGCCAUGGAGGAAUUAAUAAUAUUCCAGGGAUAGCCACUAUUCCUUGUGGGGAUAUCAAUGAUGCUUAUGUAUUGCCACCAGGAGGAACUAGGGUUUCUGUAAAUUGUAGCAGAAGCAUGAUAGUUCCAGUGCCUGUAGAAGUUGGAGGGUCUAUUAAUUCGACGCUUUUAAUGAAAGAACUUAAAGAGGGGCAGGAGAUUAGAUGGAAGAUGGAUAGUAAGGCAUGUGAUGAUUGCACUAAAUCUAAGGGAAGGUGUGGAUUUAGCAUGUUCACCAAUCAAACUACUUGUUAUUGUCACAGCCCUCCUUAUAUAUCUGAUACUUGUUCAGUUUCUAUCCCAACAGCCUCUCCUGCAAUUCCAGGUCUUGGCAUAGCAGGUGCUGUGCUGGCUGGUGUUGGCAUUGGAUGGCUAAUAUUUAGACAUAAAAGAAAGCGGGUUGCAGCAAAUGGACAAGUGCUGCUUGUUCAAAACAUUGAAGCACUCGUAAGGACUAAUGGAUUUCAGUCUACCAAGCUUUAUACUUAUUCAGAUAUAAAGAAAAUGACUAAUUCAUUCAGUGACAAGAUUGGUCAAGGAGGUUUUGGUAGUGUAUAUAGAGGAAAGUUACCUGAUGGAUGCCCCGUAGCUGUGAAGCUAUUGACCAACACAAAGGGUAAUGGGGAAGAUUUCAUCAAUGAAGUUGCUAGCAUUAGUCGAACUUCUCACGUGAACAUAGUUACUCUUGUAGGGUUCUGUUAUAAGAAGAAAAGAGCUUUGGUCUAUGAAUUCAUGCCUAAUGGAUCAUUGGACAACUACAUAGGCAGCAUGGAGUCGCCUAAUAAGAAUUGUCGGUUGGAGUGGAAGACAUUGUACCAAAUUGCAAUUGGCAUUGCUCGAGGACUAGAAUAUCUGCACAGAGGGUGCAACACAAGAAUCAUGCACUUUGACAUUAAGCCUAAUAACAUUCUUUUGGACAAGGAUUUCACCCCCAAAAUCUCAGAUUUCGAUUUGGCAAAACUGUGCAAGAAAAAUGAGAGCAUUGUAUCACUAUCGAUGUACGGCGCAAGAGGAACAAUAGGAUACAUUGCUCCAGAAGUUGUCUUCAGAAGCAUUGGAAGUGUCUCGUACAAAUCUGAUGUUUAUAGUUAUGGCAUGACAGUUAUUGACAUGGUAGGAGUAAGGGAGAAUGUAGGCGCGGAUAAGACAAGUGACUUGUAUUUCCCAAAUUGGAUAUAUGAGCAUCUGGAGCAAGGAUUAGAUUUCAGUCUUGAAGGCAUUACAGAUGAGGAGGAUAAAGAAAUGGCAAUAAAGAUGAUAUUAGUUAGUUUGUGGUGCAUCCAAACCAACCCAGCAGACCGCCCUUCCAUAAGAAAAGUGGUAGAGAUGUUGGAGGGAAGCACUGCCACUUUACAGAUUCCACCUAAACCAUAUUUCUCUCAUCAAAUUGAUGACUCACCUCAGCAAUCCCCUACAUCAUCAGUUACCACAGAAAUCUGAGGCAAAACAGGUCCAUAUAGUAUGGGAUCAUAUGAUGAUAUAAUCUCCACAAUCCUCUCUUCCUGCUGUUUUCCUCAAAUCAUUGCUUGAAAUCAUAAUAUUAUUGUUCAAAUUAGCUUUCCUUUUUGGAAAUGCAUUUCGUUUUUCAAUGAAGUAGCUUCUAAGAAAUGUGAAAUCUUUCAAACUAGGUAUCUCUAUUGAGUAUUAACUACUCAGGGUAGAAGAACAUACAUAAAGCAUAAGGACCUCAUUGUCCGAUUGUAUCAACAAGUGAAGAACCCUGUUAUGCGUCAAAGAUUUCUUGGCUAACAAAUAUGCCACUCUAUUCUGUUC